AUGAAUGGAAGCAGCCAAAUAAACUCGACAAAUCUGUCGCCAGAUCUAUCUCCAUUUGAAGAAGUAGAAGGUGAGGAGUCACUAGGGAGUUUACAAGAGGAUUCAGUGGAUAUACCGGGUGAGAUAAAGCCCAAACCAUCAUUCACUCACAGCAAAUCAGGUUCUAACGCGGUUCUUCCACACGGCGAAGAAACGAUUCCUCAAUUUUCAUCCACAAUUAAUCAACCAAAUUUACAGCAGACAAAGUUGGGCUUGUCUCCUGAGACACCAGAAGAGAUCGGUUUACAGGAAAAUUCUCCAACAACUCCCUAG